GGCCGCCGCCUCCCGCGCCGCUUCCAGCGCCGCUGUCGCCCCGCGCCUGCAGAGGGAGGGGAGGGGGACGGCCCACUGGAGCGAAAGGCCGGGCAGCGGGGCCCCGCCCGGGAAGGACAGGCCCGGGCCUGCGGGUGGCAGCGGGGCCCGCGCUCUCGGCCCGCACAGACUCGGCCUCCCGCAAUCGUUAGGGCCCCGAGGUUAAAGCCUGCGCGGGGUGGCGAGGCUUUGUCCGCGGAGCCUGGAAACAAAGGUGUUAAGUUACGGGCGACUGCAGUGGCCCACUCCCAUGGCAGGGGCUGCAGGUUCAUUAGGUGUCAGGAGGAAUAACCUAGUAUUUACAGCCAACGCUACCCACUGGUGACUUCACAUCGCAAUAUGCAGUGCUCCACUUGGCUUCGCCUUCCGCUUCUGGCCUUGAACAUUGUAUUUUUGGGAGAGAAUUGCCUUGAAAGAGAAUUGCCAAUGGGCAUUGGAAGCCAGUAGUGGAGGGUGCACCUCAGGCACUUUAUUUCUGAAGGAAAUAUAGAAUGAGGCAGAGUGAGAUACCUUCUCACUUUUUUCCUAAUUGGACGUCCUGCUGCAGAGGUCAUAGCAAGCAAGCAUCAGCUACCAAUAAAGAUCCUCAAUUCCAGUCCAGUUAUCAUUUAGUAUGGAAGAAAAUGAGUUCUUUGGAGAAAAGACAUUCCAGCGUUAUUGUGCAGAAUUCAUUAAACAUUCACAGGAGAUAGGUGAUGGUUGGGAAUGGAGAACUUCAAAGGACUCUUCUGAUGGCUACAUGUGCAAAAUGCAUUUUCAAAUUAAAAAUGAGACUGUGGUGUCACGUGCGGGAACAUCUGCCCAUGAACAGACAUGUCUUCCCAUGGAGGAGGCUUUAGAGCUUCCCUUGGAUGAUUUUGAAGUGACUGAGAGCACAGCGGCCAACGAGGUGAUUAAAUAUGAGUAUCACGUCCUGUAUUCCUGCAGCUACCAAGUGCCCGUGCUUUACUUUAGGGCAAGCUUUUUAGAUGGAAGACCUUUAGCUCUGAAGGACAUAUGGGAAGGAGUCCAUGAGUGCUAUAAGACACGGCUGCUGCAGGGACCGUGGGACACUAUUACCCAGCAGGAGCAUCCAAUACUUGGGCAGCCCUUUUUUGUACUUCAUCCCUGCAAGACGAAUGAAUUCAUGACUCCUGUGCUAAAGAAUUCUCGAAAAAUCAAUAGGAACGUCAACUACAUCACGUCAUGGCUGAGCCUUGUGGGGCCAGUUGUUGGGCUGCAUCUACCUCUGAGUUAUGCCGGAGCAGCCUCUCAGGAUGAAUGAAACGUCAAUCAACAAGACUCUUCUACUGAGCCAGAGAGCUUAGAAAUGUGGCAUGAAGAGCGCUGGAGUUUACGAGGCCGACCCUGGUUUUAACAGGACCAAUACCGUGCAAGAUCUCAGCUCUCCACGAUUUUGACAUGGGUUUUUUUUCCCUUGGAAGCAAAUAUCUGCAGCAGCUGACCUACUGUGUGUUUAGAAGAAGCACCUCCAAAGGCACAAAUCACUUUAAAUAGCACAAAAUGAAUCGAAAUCAGUAAUAGAAAUACUGGCAUCAUUAGGGCACUUCCAGGUCAUUCUCUCAUGUCUCUGAGACUUGUUUUCUUCAUCUUUAAUAUGAGAAUAACAAGCUACCUUAUAGGGGUGCUGUGAGAACCAUGUGAGAUCACUAAUGCACAAGAAAAUAUUGUAAAGUGUUAUACAAAUAUUCAUUAAAUGCUCACCUUUCUUA